AUGAGCCGGCAGAACACACGAUACCACUGCCCCUGGGAGCAGAUGAUCAUCGUUGGUGUUGCUGGCAGCUCAGGCUCGGGCAAGUCCUCCGUGUCCCAGGAGAUAAUCAACCUGCUUGACCUCCCGGGAGCGUCUAUCUUGGUCAUGGACUCGUUCUACAAGACGCUCACCCCGGAGCAAAAUGCUAUUGCACAUGCCGAUGAAUACGACUUUGAUUCCCCUCUCGCUAUAGACUUUGACGUACUUGUCGAGCUGUUACGGGAUAUGAAGAAAGGCCUCAAAGUCGAAAUACCAACAUACUCGUUCAAGAAACACCAACGUGAAGAGGAAACAACGCCCAUGCAUCCACCGCGAGUUUUGAUUCUAGAAGAUAUCAUCAUCCCUCGUGGAAUUGAAAAUAAGAUAGCAAUCGGCGUAGAUCUUGUCGUCAAGCAUAUACAGCGGGGUCUUGUAAAACAGGCUAAUUACUACAAUGCACGCAACAGGAGGCCAUCGAUCAAUCGCCGCCUAUCCUACUAA